CUGAUCGGCCCGAAAACAUAAACAAAUGUUAAUAAUAGGAGAAUUGCAUUGAACGUCAGGCUUAAAAGUCCCUAAAAUAUUAUAAAAUAAACCUAAGAGCAGUUAAAAAUGUGGCUGGCAGGAAGCUUGUUUUCUGGAAGCACAGCCUUCAGAUUUGCCCGCUUUUUGCACCUGAAACGCAAAGAGGUAUAUGUGGAAUGCUUCCGCAUCCUGGGCGUGCACGAGUCGGCCGACCAGAACACCGUGCGCCACGCCUACUUGGAUCUGGUCAAGCGGGUGCAUCCUGAUUCGGGAACCGAGGAGGCCAGUGCCGAGCGCUUUCAGCAGGUGGACGAGGCCUUCCGGGUCCUGCAGGAGAAAUUUGCAAAAGGCAGGCGCAACAUCCAGGAGGACGAGGAGGAGGCCAUGGAGUUUGACAUCAAGCACACGGCUCCGCAGCACCGGCAAUAUCUUUCGAACGAAGGCAUCGGCAUGGGCAAUCCCUUCCAGCGCCAGAAACAGUACCAGCAGGUGCGCGCCAUGAAGGCUCAGGAACGCGUCCUGGAGCACCGCAUAGACAAGGCGGCUGCUGGAGAGAAAACUCUGAUGUCCAAAGGCGGCAACCACUUUCGCAGGCAUGCCAUCAAGACCAAGUACGGCAUUGACCGGGUGGUCGAGGAUCUCAUCCAGGAGGCCAUGUCCAAGGGUGACUUUAACAACCUCAACGGCUCAGGCAAGCCACUGUCCGCUGCCCAGUCGCAGAAUCCCUAUCUGGACUUCACCACUCAUAAGCUGAACAAGAUCAUGCUGGACAAUGGCUUCACGCCGGAGUGGAUCAGCCUUGGAAAGGAUAUUCGCGAUGCGGUCGCCGAGCUAAAGAUAAAGUUGCGAAAGGAGCGCAUAUACUACGGUGAAUGGCCACUGCAGCGCCCAGAGGAUUUGGCCUCCUGGCAAGCCUUCACCCAGCAGCAAAAGGAGGAUGUCCAGCAACUAAACAAGCUCAUCGACAAGUACAAUCUAAUAGUACCCAUUCUGGAGAACCAGUUCUUUCGCCUCAACCUCGACAGGAUGGCGGAACCCAUAUUCAAGGAUUCGGCAUUGCAGCGUAACGUAAUCAGACCCGAAGUGAGUGCUAGGGCCAAAAGUAGUAUGGAGAAUCAGGGAAGCAAUAUUACCAGCCUCUUUUCUUUAAUUAGCAAACUAUUGUAAAGGAAAAUGUGUGAUCGUUAAAAUGUGAUAUUAGAGGUAGAUAAAUGUGUGACACAGAUAAUUUUAGUUCUGAAAUAUUUUCAAUUGUGAUGCUAUUUGAUUUUUGUUGAAUGUUGAAUAGAACUCAUGAAAACCCAAUCCAAUUAAUUCUAAAUUCCCGAUAAGCUGUAAUGAGACUGAAUUCAUUUAAAGAUUCUAUUAUUUGUUUGCCAACCUUUUAAAGACAAGUUAUCGUUAUUCGUAUACCAAUUUUUGUAAAUAAUGGUUAUUAUUUUUGUAAAACAUAUGCAGUCUUAACCUAAAAACUAUUGUUAAUCUAAAUAUAGUCGAAUUUCUAUAAAAGUUCGAGUUUGUUACAAAUUAUACUUGAAAUACAAAAAUAGAUGAAUUAAAUUCAACCGUGA